AUGUAUAUUAAAUUCAUAAAAGCUUUAAAUAAAUCUAGUCGUAAAGAACGAUGCUUAAAAUACCAGCAAUGCGACGGACAAAGCUGGUACGAUAAGUCGCGUGACUCACCGUCUCGAUGGUUCGCGGGAGGUGUCGGCAGCGGCGAGGGCGGCGCGGCGGGCGGCGGCGGCGGCGGGCGGCGCGGGGGCGGGCGCGGGGGCGGCGGCGGGCGGCGCGCACAGCACCUGCGCGAAGCGCGGCGGCAUCUCGUCGCGCGCGUCCCUCGACACGAUGCCGCGCCUGAGCACACACUCGCUACAGUGAGCCACUCAACACGAUACGGUAAAGUCAAGAGCGGAGGCGGAGGAGAGGAAACACAUACCGGUCUA